AACGUCCGCCGGCGAUGGGUAUUUAUAGCCGGAGUUCGCCGGAAAAUAUGGAAGUUAGAAAUAACUGAUUCAUAAAAUAUGAGGUUGCCAUAAUGCCUUUGACCGAGUUUAAAGCCCAAAAGCACAGCGGACAGCUUAGAGCUCUGCAUGGCGUUCGUUAAUGGAGAAAGGGAAUGGAAUUGCCGACGCCAUUGCGCUUCCGAUUUGCUCUCUCCGCCGUUCAUUGAUUGGGCUCCUCCAUCAAUUUUUUAAAAUAUUUCCUCCGGAUGAUGGAGUCAGUUUUUGUGGAGUUUACGAAGAAUGGCGUUGUCACUAUCAUCUAUCGCCGCCGGAUGAGGAGGAGGUGGAGGGUUUGAUGAUGAAAUGUGCUCCGUUAAGUCCAAAGUCACGGUGGUCGGCAGUGGAAAUUGGGGCAGCGUUGCCGCCAAGCUAAUUGCCUCCAACACGCUCCGGCUUAGCUCCUUCCACGAUGAGGUCAGGAUGUGGGUAUUCGAGGAGACGCUGCCAACAGGUGAAAAGCUUUCAAAUGUUAUCAACCGACAAAAUGAAAACGUCAAAUAUCUUCCCGGCAUAAAACUUGGCAAAAAUGUGAUUGCUGAUCCUGAUCUUGAGCACGCAGUGAAGGAUGCAAAUAUGUUGGUGUUUGUCACCCCCCAUCAGUUCAUGGAAGACAUAUGUAAGAGGCUAGCAGGGAAGGUAAGAAAGGACGCUGAAGCAAUCUCUCUCAUCAAAGGGAUGGAGGUGAAGAAGGAAGGUCCGCAGAUGAUCUCCACCCACAUCUCCGAUAGCCUCAGGAUUAAUUGUUGUGUUCUGAUGGGCGCAAACAUUGCCAAUGAGAUAGCUGCAGAGAAGUUCAGUGAGGCAACAAUUGGUUACCGAAAGAGCAAAGAGGUAGCCGAGAUAUGGGUGCAGCUAUUCAACACUCCAUACUUUAUGGUCUCAGCUGUGAAAGAUGUGGAAGGAGUGGAACUCUGUGGGACGCUGAAGAAUGUAGUGGCUAUUGCUGCGGGGUUCGUUGAUGGUCUGGAAAUGGGAAACAACACUAAGGCAGCAAUAAUGAGAGUUGGCCUGAGAGAAAUGAAAGCCUUUUCGAAGCUUCUUUUCCCUUCAGUUCAAGACAAUACUUUCUUCGAAAGUUGUGGUGUGGCAGAUGUAAUCACAACCUGCUUGGGUGGAAGAAACAGGAAAUGUGCCGAGGCUUUUGCAAGACAUGGGGGGAAGAAAUCAUUCGAUACACUCGAAGCAGAGAUGCUGCAAGGCCAGAAAUUACAGGGGGUAUCGACUGCAAAGGAAGUCAAUGAGGUGUUGAGGCAUCGAGGAUGGUCAGAGUCAUUCCCCCUCUUCUCAACUGUCCAUGAGAUCUGCAUUGGCCGUCUUCCACCAACUGCUAUAGUCGAAUACAGUGAGCGUACUCCAAAAUUUUCCCUCAUAAAAGGAUCCGAACAACACUUAAAGAAUUAGAUGUAUCGUUUGCCUUUUUUACGAGUUUUUGUUUUUCAUUUUUAUUUUCCCUAAACUAUACAUUAGCUUCCACACAAUAGAUAGUAUUCUUCUUAUAUCAGCUAGCCAAAUUAAUACAUGGUUUUUAGGAAAGAGACCAAUAGUGUGCUUAUUUUGAAGCUUUCAUUGUAGACAAUAAGUUAUAAUUAUCGAUAUUCUUCCUAACUGUGAUGAAACAAGCCCUGAAUCAGAGGCGGAUCAGUGCAGAAAGAGCUGCAAAAAUCGAGCUUCUAUUCAUAUAUAGGUUUGAAGUUCUUGUAAGCUACCACUGCAUAAAAUGGAUCUGAGCCCGAGAACAACCCGAGCAGCCCUGUUAUCCAACCCGGUGCCUGAUUUUUCUCUGUAGUGUUUUGUGGUUUUCGAAUAACCUGUGGCUGACUGAAACCCUCCACACACUGGAAGUACUCAACGACCAGCUGCACCCGGCCAUAACCAGUCCUGUCUCUCCAGGCGGCAAUUGCCUUCUCAUAGAACAUCCUGUUGCUGAAGCUGACAAUGAAGACUCCUCCAGGCCUGAGCACCCGGAAAACCUCAGCAAACACCUGUCCAACACACCAGGGUACUGAAGAUACUGCACACUGACAGUACAUAAAACAGCGUCGAAACUGUCAUCCUUGAGUUCAAAUUGUUGGUCCUUAUUAAGAUCCUUGACGAAAAAGUGAUCGAGGCGGGGAUUACGCCCGAGCUCCUGGGCAUUAAGUCCAUGUCCGACUACUUUCUUGUACUUAACCUCUGGAGGGAGGUGGCUGAUCCAGGAGCUCAUGAGAUCAAGAACCUCCAUUUCUGGUCGCAGUAUCUGCCGGUAAAGAUUGGUGAGUGUGGAGAUGAAAGUGUUGUCGACAUGGGCCACGAAUCGUGGGGAGGCGUAGAAGUCCCUGUCUGGGUAGUUGUUGAACUUUGCUCUGCCUUCUUGGGUGAGCACCAGGCGCCUGAUCCUGCUGCUGCUGCUGGGAUUAUUCUGAUUGCUGCUGCUGCUGCUGGAUGCAUAUAAUUUUCUGGAGGG